CGUGGACGAGUCCUCGUCGCCUGCGUAAAACGCCAGCCAAAUUAUUGCGAAGGGAAGCGAUGGAUCGAAGCUUAUUUAUAUGCAUAGUAUGAAGGGAGCAACGGAAGAGUCUUCCUCUUUCUCUCUCUCGGACCAACCUCGUCUCCUCUUCGUUUACCACGUCUCUGGCGCACUGUCCAUGGCUGGAGAUCAGGGGAGGGAGCAUUACCACUUCCUGUUACAUGACGAGUUGUCGGCGCUCUUCUCCCAGAAGCCACCGGGCGGCGCAGCAGACCCUGGUCCACGCGGCUUCCACCUGCAGGCAGUGUCACCGCUCCUGAGCUUCACCGACUUGUUGCAUGGCCCGGCUAUGGACUACGACUCGCUAGGUAGAGAUUUGGGUUUGUCAUGUUCGGCGCCGUCAGGUGUGGUUGGUUCCGGUGGGACGGCGUCGCGUGAGCUGAUGACUGGUGGUAACGACAAUGCUCGUUACGGGUGCGGUGGAGGUGCGACCCCGCUGACACCGAAUUCUUCGGUCUCUUCAUCGUCCACUGAGGCAGCAGGCGAAGAGGACGGAGAACGGUGUAAGAAGGAUCAGCUGAAGCAGGAGGAUGAGGAGGAGGAGGAGGAGCAACAAGCCAAGGAUGAUGAUGACGGGGGCGAUACGUCUAAGAAAGUGAAUAAAACCAAGAAGAAAGGAGAGAAAAGGCAAAGGCAGCCCCGUUUCGCCUUCGUGACCAAAAGCGAGGUUGAUCAUCUCGACGAUGGCUACCGGUGGAGGAAAUAUGGCCAGAAAGCAGUCAAGAACAGCCCUUAUCCAAGAAGCUACUAUCGUUGCACGACUCAGAAGUGCCCGGUGAAGAAGAGGGUGGAGAGGUCCCAUCAAGAUCCCACGAUCGUGAUUACCACCUACGAAGGCAAACACAAUCAUCAGAACCCUGCAACAGCUCGAGGGAGCACACACCUGAUAGCAUCUCUUCCCAUGAUGUCGACCAGCUUCUGCCAGGAGCUCAUGAUGCACCAAAUCCCGCAACUUAACAGCAUCGACACCCAGCAAGGGAACACGAACCCUAAUGUGUUCCUCGCGAGCCUACUGCCUUCGCUCCAGCAGUCUCACUUCCCCGACUACGGUCUCCUGCAGGACAUCGUUCCUUCCUUGGUCGACGGCAGCCAACCAUGACAUGGCUUCGUCGCAUGCUGUUUCUUGUUCUGUGGUCUCAACUUUUUGUCGUACAUGAAGUGCGUUGAGAUGUUCGGGUUGAGAGUAACUUUCAUGCAUGUGAAAUGAAGUCCUCAUGCACCAGUAGAAUCCCUCCGUGAAAGGAACGCCUAUCUAAUUUUGAGGUUAUAGCUUCA